CUCUUUAUAUGUUCUUCCUACAUAUUUAGAAUACACAUAUGUUAAUAAUAUGCUAUCAUCGCCUUCCAUUGUACUACAAUUGUCACGGAAUAAUUUUUUCUCCUGUUUAUGUCACUUCUUUUUGAGUUUUUGCAACUUUUUUUUUUUCUUCUCUUUUCUUUUUGUUUUUUCUUAGCGCCAGCGAGAAUCUGAGGCUUUUGUCGGGCUUUGCAUAUGCCCGUUCCCAUUCCCAUACAUUCGAUGCUUAUUUUCAUCUUACAGACCAUCUAUUUCAUGUUUUUUAAAUCCUAUAUAAAGAUCACCUAAUUCCUCAUGAUCCACAGUUCUAACUCAUAAUUAAAGCUUAAUUUUCAUUUUAAGUAAUUGUCCUGCAAAUUUCGCAACCAUAUUACAACUCAAAAUUAACAAUGUCAAACACUCAAAUUAUAGUAGAUGAAUUCAGAUGGGAGGAUUUAUCACUUACUAUCCAUAAAGAUGGUGAAAAGACUGAAGACAAGAAAAUUAUCGAUAAUGUCAAUGGUAUAAUUCAAAAGGGUGAAAUAAUGGCCUUAAUGGGUCCAUCUGGUUCAGGUAAAACUACUUUAUUAAAUAUGUUGGCUCAUAGAGCUAAUCCAAAAUCAUCUGUGCAAUCUGGUAAUAUUUACAUUAAUGGAAAAUUAUCAACUCUAUCUGAUAUUAAGAACUUAUCGUCAUAUGUAGAGCAGGAAGACUCUUUGAUUGCUUCUUUGACAGUUCAAGAAACUGUUGAUUACAGUGCUAGAUUCUCCCAAGUUGAUUCUCAAUAUAGAAAGCCUUUGGUUAAUAAUAUGUUAGAAAAGUUAGGUUUAAAAGAUCAAAGAAAUGUUAAAAUUGGUAAUCCAUUCUUAAAGGGAAUUUCAGGUGGACAAAAGAGAAGAGUCAGUAUUGCAUCUCAAUUAGUUACAACUCCUUCAAUUUUAUUCUUGGAUGAACCUACUUCUGGGUUAGAUUCGGUCGCUUCAAGAGAAGUUAUAUCCAUGAUUAAACAACUUGCUAAACAAGAAAAUAUGAUUGUUAUUUGUUCCAUUCAUCAACCUUCGACUUACACUUUUGAAUUAUUCGAUAAGGUGAUCUUCUUAUCAAAGGGUCAAACUAUUUAUAACGAUAGAGUUGAUAAGUUAGUUAAAUAUUUUGAAUCAAUAGGACAUGCUGUUCCUUCAUAUAUUAAUCCUUCAGAAUAUGUUCUUGAUCUUAUUAAUACUGAUUUCAAUAAUUCAGUUGAUCCUAUGGAAUCAGAUUCGGUAUCGGAAAAGGAUCAUACCCUUCAAGCGUUAAUCGCAAAUUGGAAACAUAAUGAAAAUUGUCAAACUCAACUUACAGAAGCUCGUGAAUUGGAAACCUCUAAAUCCAGUUCAAAAACUAUGCGGACUGAAGUUAAUAAUACUUGGAUUCUUUUCCAUAGACUGUUGGUUAAAGCAAGAAGAGAUAUCUUAACAUAUUAUGUUAGAAUGAUCAUGUAUUUAGGAUUAGCCAUACUAAUGGGUACAGUUUGGUUAAGACUUGGAACUGAUCAAAAAUAUAUUCAACCUUUCAUUAAUGCUAUCUUCUUUUCAGGUGCAUUCAUGUCUUUCAUGUCAGUUGCAUACAUUCCAUCAUAUUUAGAAGACUAUCAUUCCUUUAAAAAAGAAAGAUUAAAUGGUUUGUAUGGUCCUUUGUCAUUCACCGUUUCUAAUUUCUUAAUUGGUUUACCUUUCUUAUUCUUAAUUGCUUUAGUAUUCAGUAUUGUCACUUUCUUCAUGUGUAAUUUCCAUAAUCGUGCAGUUGGAUUCUGGAUGUAUUUAAUGUGGCUAUACUUAGAUUUGAUUGCAGCUGAAUCAAUGACAAUCUUUAUUACUACCCUCUUCCCCAAUUUCGUUAUUUCGUUAGCUUUGACUGCAUUUGCUAAUGGUCUUUGGAUGUCAGUAGGUGGAUUUUUAGUACCAGCUAAUAUUCUUAAUAAGUUUUGGUAUUAUACGUUUUACUGGGUUGAUUAUCAAAGAUAUGUGUUUCAAGGUAUGAUGUUUAAUGAAUUUUCAUAUAGAAAUUUUGAUUGUGAUUCUCAAUGUCAUUGUAUGUAUGAUUCUGAAUUAUCCAAUCAAUGUAAAAUUGUUGGUAAUGCCGUAUUAGAAAACUUGGGGUAUUCUUCAAAUGAUAAACAUCUUUGGGUAGGUGUUUUGAUUGCAUUAAUUUUUGCCUAUAGAUUUGGAAGUUAUUUAGUUUUAAGAUUUAAGAGAUAAUUCAUUAGCUAGUCUUCAAUAAAAAAACUUUAAUAUAUUUUAAUAUUUAAUAUAGUUUCUAUGUGUAUCUAUAAUUUUGAAUAUGGUUUUGCUAAUUUCACAUAAGCUUUAUCAUUUUUUAAACCUUCUAAUAUUUCUAACAUCACUGAAGAUGAAUAUUCGUAAUCCAGU